AUGGGGUUUUACCCUCCCAAUAUACGGGCCAGCAUGGGGUUGUACCUUCCUGGUAUACGAGCCAGCAUGGGGUUGUACCCUCCCGGAGGUGCUAACCCAAUCGUAGCUGAGAAUUGGGUGCAGAAGAUAGAGAAGAUAUUGACAUUACUAGAUUGCACUGAGAAGCAAAAGGUCCUCUUCGCCACUUUCAAACCAACAAGAGAGGCUGAGCGAUGGUGGCUGGCAGUGAAGCUAUUGGAAGAGCAGCAGGCAAUGCCUACUGUUAUGACAUACAAGCGUUUCAAGGAGGUCUUCUACGACCGGUAUUUUCUCGUCACCACCAGGAAUGUUAAGGCAGAGGAAUUCUUCAAUUUGACUCAGAAGCAACUCACUGUGCAACAAUACGCUGCUAAGUUCAUGGAACUUUCUCACUUUGCUCCUUUUAUGGUUCAAGAUGAAUAUCAAAAAGUGAGGUGGUUUGAAAGGGGCUUGAAGUAG